ACGCCAAAAAUUGUAUUUAUUGGUUUAAAAUCAAAUAUACCAUAAACAUAUUGUAAACUUUUCUAACAGUAACAACUUGCAGUGUAUUUUAAAUACUGAACACAUUCUAGAUUGGUUAGCACCAUGGAUGAAAACGGGUUUGUUCUCAGUGAAGCCGUCAAUAUAAGUGACUUGUUGAGCGAAAAGGGAGCACAGUUUCAAAUUAGUACAAAAUAUAAUGAGCACGGCGAGGAAUUUUUUAUGGAGGAUGAUUAUGGAAGUGCUGAUGAAGAUGAAGACGCUCAUCGUAAAAUCAUGAAUCCCUGGGACAAAAGUUUCGACGAAUUACGUGCACAAAUGUUUAUGAUCUCGGAAUUUAUCUACAAACGAAUCACGAAACAAGGGGUCGGCGAUGAACUCGUUCCAGAACGUGCCAGAGUUACCAUAGAUUAUAACGGGUACUUUGAAAACGAAGCAUACGCCUUCGAUUCAACUUCAAUGCGAGGUGAAUUUAAACAAUUUACCAUUGGAAAGGAAGAAGUCCUAAGUGGUUUGGAGGAUGCUGUGAAGUCGAUGAAACCAAGCGAAGAAGCACAAUUUGUUAUAGGCUAUCAAGUUCUUUUUGGUGAGCUUGGGUGUAAGCCCAGAAUCAAACCCAAGGCCGAUGCGUUGUUCAUCAUCAAAUUGGUUGGCUUCACAGACCCUGGUGAUGCCGAAGCAUUAGACAAACUUACACCAGAAGAGCAAAUGUCGUAUGCCGUUGUUAAACAGAAGGUAAUGGAUACAAGGAAUCAUGCUAAAGAUUAUUUCAAAAGAAAUCUUGUUCCGAAUGCUAUAAACGACUAUCAUAAGGCCGUUGGUUAUUUAGAACGCUGUCAUGUCAAAGAUGACGAAGAGCAAAAAGAACAAACUGAAACGCUGAUUCAGCUCUAUACCAGUCUUGCUGUUUGCUACAACAAAAAAGAUAAUCCUCGUCGAGCUUGUUCGAUGAUAAACGAAAUUCGUCGUCUAGGUAACAUUGAACGUAUUCCCAGAGCACUAUUCCAUGAGGGCCGUGCACUGAUGAAUUUAGGAGAGUAUGAACGGGCCAAAAAUUGUUUGCUAAAAGCACAACGUCUUGAGGCAUCCAACAAGGACAUCAGCAAGGAGUUGAAAGUACUUAAUCAACGCUGGGAAAAACAUCGUCAGGACGAAAAAGCCAUAUGUGCGCGUGCAUUUGGGCUGAAAGAACGUAAAGACGAAAAACGCACCGAGGAGCAGAUACGAUUUACAGACACGAUGCGCAAAACACUGGAUGCUUUUGUCGAGGACGAGAAAAGUAAACAACUGACACUACCUGAGGGUCUUACCAGCAAGGAGAUAGAUACGGUACAGGAUUUGGCGGACACAUUCCAAUUGAAGUUGACCCUCUAUAAAGAUAACAGCAAAGAUUUUUACCGACUAGAGAAGAAAACGUUGAAAGAAGAUAAGUAAGUCAGUCAAGUCAGUCAGUCAAAGCUUAUGA